CCAAACCGGUCAGCAUCUCGUCGAACCGCCCGGUCCACAUGAACUUGUUCGCCACCUGGGAAGUGGACCGUUCCUCGCCCAGCUGCGUUCCCAGGUACGAGGAUUGGGGGCGGGGGGCUCUUUGAGUGAGACGGGGUUCGGGUCGCCUUUUGUUGACCUGCCAUCUCCUCUCGUGUGCAUCACGUGACCUGCUGCUCAAUUCAGACGUCAACGUGCGUUGUAUUCCAGCCAAUGACAUCAGAUGGCGUCGACUCAUUUCAUCCUGGUGUGUGUGCAACACGCUCGUCAGCCCAACCACUUCCUGUCAACCCUCGUGAUGCUCUUCCAGGACGAGAUGUUGAAAUAAAGUUGCGUGAUUGGCUGGUCGCUCACAGGAAAUGGGGAGCUCUUACUGGCCUUAUGAUGGUGCUGGUGAUGAUGACAAUGAUGAUAAGGCUCUUCAGUUUGACCCUGAAGAAGCUGGUCCUGCUCAAGGAGCUGGACAAAGACCUCACCUCGGUGGUCGUCGCCGUCAAACUGCAGGGUUCCAAGCGGAUCCUUCGCUCCAACGAGAUCGUUCUGUCGUCGAGCGGCCUGACGGAGACCGACCUUCAGGUCACCUUCUCUCUCCAGUACCCUCACUUCCUGAAGAGGGACGCCAACAAGCUUCAGAUCAUGCUGCAGCGCCGUAAGCGCUACAAGAACCGGACCAUCCUGGGCUACAAGACGCUCGCCCUGGGCCUCAUCAACAUGGCCGAGGUUAUGCAGCACCCGAGCGAGGGCGCUCAAGUUCUGGGGCUGCACAGCCAGCUGAAGGACGCUUCGCUGCCCGUGGCCGAGAUGCGCGUCUACUCGCUGUCGAGCCAGCCCAUCGACCACGAGGGACCCAAGGCCAAGAUGUCGGACCGAUCCCCAGACAUCGACAACUACUCCGAGGAGGAAGAGGAGAGCUACUCGUCUGAGCAGGAGGGCAGCGACGAUCCCGUCCACGGACAAUACCUGUACGAUGAAGAUGAGGAAGUGAGGAAGAAGAAGCCCAGGCGGAAGCUGGCGUCCAAUGCGGCCAUCACCAGGCAGCCAAACAUCAAGCAGAAGUUCGUGGCCUUGCUGAAGAGGUUCAAAGUCACCGACGAGGUGGGCUUCGGUCUGGAGCACGUGUCCAGAGAGCAGAUCCAGGAGGUGGAGGAGGACCUGGACGAGCUCUACGAUAGCCUGGAGAUUUACAACCCCAGCGACAGCGGGCCGGACGUGGAGGAGACCGACAGCAUCAUGAGCACGCCCAAACCCAAACUCAGGCCCUUCUUUGAGGGGAUGUCUCAGUCCAGCUCCCAGACGGAGAUCGGGAGUCUGAACAGCAAAGGCAGUUUGGGCCGGGACGCUCUGAGUCCGGGGGAGCCGCCUCCCGCGGACAAGAUGAAAACAUCUCGCAGCCGCAUUCUGGACGAGGCGCUGUCAGAGAGCGAGACGCUGGAAGGGGCGGAUCAGGAGCUGCUCGCCGACGCCGCCCCCUGCAUCACGGUGUCUGCGGCGGAGAAAGCGCGUACGCCCAUGAAGACCGGCAAAAGUGAAAGCCACACGGUGCCGUCGCCCCGGUUGGAAGGAGGCCACACGCCCUCCAGGCAGAAGCGCAGCAGCAGCACGCCCGUCAAGGCCAAAGCGCCGAGCGAGCGUGCCAACAGUUCCGACUCGGAGAGGUCGCCCGAGCUGGGACACGGCACGCCGGUGCUGAGGAAGGCCAUGUACGACCAGCUCAACCACAUCCUGUUGGCUGACUCGGCCCUCCCGGAGAGCCUCAUCCUGGUCAACGGCGGAGACUGGCAGGGGCAGUACGUGCUGGAGCAGCUGCAGGUGCACAAGCAGCCGGUGGUGUGCACGUGCUCGCCAGCAGAGAUCCACGCCGUCCUGUCCGCCAUCCUCACGCGCAUCCAGAAGUUCUGCAACUGUAAUGCGUCCAUGCCGCGCGCGGUGAAGGUGGCGGCGGUGGGCGGGCAGAGUUACUUGGCCGCCAUCUUGCAAUUCUUCGUGACGCAGCUGGCCAACAAGACCUCGGACUGGCUCAACCACAUGCGCUUCCUGGUGGUUCCUCUCGGCUCGCAUCCCGUCGCCAAGCAUCUGGGCGCGCUGGACAACCGCUACAGCUCCUCCUUCUUGGACGGAGCUUGGCGAGAUGUCUUUAGCCGCUCCGAGGCCCCUCCCACAGACCAACUGGACGUGGCGGGAAGGAUCGCCCAGUACAUCGGCGGCGCCACGCUCACGCACCAUCUUCCCAUCGCCGAGGCCAUGUUGACCUGCAAACACAGGACGCGGGAGGAAGACUCCUACCAGAAGUUUAUUCCCUUCGUCGGUGUGGUCAAGGUGGGCGUGAUCGAGUCCGGACCCUCGCUGGCCGGCGACGCCGAGGAGGGCGUCGCCGUGAGCUUGGCCGUCCCCUCCUCGUCCCCUCCCUCCCACGGCUCCCCCGCAGGGAUGAUCAAGGAAGCGGCCACUCCCCCCUCGUCCCCCUCCAUGGGAAACGUCGCCGUGCAGGGGAGUCCCGGCAUGUCGCACGGCGUGGACGCCAUCGGCCUACAGGUGGACUACUGGCUGGCGUCGCUGGCCGAGAAGAGGCGGGAAGGCGAGCGGCGCGACGCGGCGUGCAAGAACACGCUGAAGAGCGCCUUCCGCUCGCUGCAGGUCAGCAGGCUGCCGGGCGGGGGCGCCGGCGGGGCAGGCGAGCCUCACGGCGUUCAAGUCAGCACCAUGGCCAUGACGGUGGUGACCAAGGAGAAGAACAAAAAAGUGGCCACCAUCUUCCUGGGAAAGAAGCCCAAAGAGAGAGAGGUGGACUCCAAGAGUCAGGUGAUCGAAGGCAUCAGUCGCCUCAUCUGCUCGGCCAAGCAGCAGCAGACCAUCCUAAAAGUGUCCGUCGAUGGCGUCGAGUGGAACGACGUCAAGUUCUUCCAGCUGGCCGCCCAGUGGCCGACUCAUGUCAAGUACCUUCCUGUCGGACUUUUCGGCUACGCCAAGCCCUCCUCCUAGGUGGCGCCGGUGGUCCACCUGGCACCUUGGCUUGAUCUUUGCUCAUCCUCAUCGCGCUAUUACGCAAUCCAGGCAACCUGUCACAACAGGGCCCCCUAGUGAGAGCUCAAAUACUACAGUGUUGCCCUGCUAAUCCAUGAGUAAUUGAAGCACCCCCCCCAAAAACAGGAUUAUAAUUGCCUAUAGAUGCCAGAUGGUGGCAAAUGUUUCUAUUAGACAGGCCUAUGUAUGGCCUGACGAAAUGAAGCUGGUAUAGGUAAGUUUUUUGUUUUUUUUGUUGUGAAUAAUGGAAGCUAUGUUACAAGGAAAAAAAUCUCGUGAAUAGGUCAAAUCGUAACCCUGCGGGGGAACACCGCACAUAGAAAAUGGCUAUGUAUGUGUAAGAAUGUGUCUUCCAUGGACAGAAUAGGUUUGCCACGCUACUGUGUGUGUAUGUUGUUGUUGUGUGAACAACACUUGUGCUCCUGUGGUCUCAGUUGUCAAUUAAAACUAAGGACACCAAAGUGGUUGACUGUAAAACAAAACAAACCCAUGAACAUUAGUGGUGUUGAAAUGUGUGUGAGGCCAUCAGCGUAAAGUCAUGCAAAACAAUAGAAAAAAGGAAGUUGAUGGUUUUUUUUUUUGUCCAUUUCCGCGGUGCUGAAAAGUGUUCUCUGUACUCAAGUCCGCGUUUCACGGUUUUGUUGGUUUGUUGCUAGCAAAUGGGCUCUGGUUGUAUGUUGUGAGUGACUUGUGGAGAGAUAUUUUGCACACAUGCUGUUGUCUCUUAACCGUUUUGCCUCUAAUAAUGCUUGUACAUAUGUGACAUUGUUUCAUGUUUUGUAGUUCUGCUUUUUCAUGGUUGCAUUUGUCAGUCAAACACAAGUGAAUAGAAAGUGCUUGUUUGGUUUUGUUGAAUCAAAAAGAUGCUACAUUUGGA